AUGAACUCACCUGACCUUUGGAAUCCUCCAGAAGUACAAUACUGCUUUGCUCUAGUUAACAAUUCAUGUCCCAAAAAAGAAAGGUCUGUGCUGACUGUCGUCACCUUGUACAUGAUCAUGACCAGUGUGAUAGUGAUGACAAUGCUGGGCAACAUGGUUGUGAUCAUUUCCAUCGCCCACUUCAAGCAGCUCCACUCCCCAACUAACCUCUUGAUCCUCUCCAUGGCCACCACAGACUUCUUGCUGAGCUGUGUGGUCAUGCCCUUCAGUAUGAUCAGGUCCAUUGAGUCCUGCUGGUAUUUUGGAGACCUCUUUUGCAAAGUGCACAGCUGCUGUGACAUCAUGCUCUGCACCACCUCUAUUUUUCACCUCUGCUUCAUCUCAGUUGACCGCUACUAUGCUGUUUGUGACCCUUUGCACUAUGUCACCAAAAUUACCAUCUCUGUCAUAGAGGUCUUCCUACUGGUCAGUUGGUCCAUUCCCAUCUUUUUUGCAUUUGGCCUGGUAUUCUCAGAAUUAAACAUAAUUGGUGCAGAAGAUUUUGUUGCAGCCGUUGACUGUACAGGUUUGUGUGUGUUGAUAUUUAACAAACUCUGGGGGGUGCUAGCCUCCUUUAUAGCUUUCUUUUUACCUGGGACAGUUAUGGUGGGGAUUUACAUACACAUUUUCACAAUAGCCAGGAAGCAUGCUAAGCAAAUUGGUAUAGGUCCUAAGAUGAAACAGGCUGGCUCAGAAAGCAAAAUGAAGACAACAUCCAAAAAAGAAAGCAAGGCCACUAAAACUUUAAGCAUAGUCAUGGGAGUAUUUGUAUUGUGUUGGCUGCCCUUUUUUGUCCUGACAAUCACAGACCCUUUCAUUAAUUUUUCAGCCCCUGAAGAUUUGUAUAAUAUCUUCCUCUGGCUGGGAUAUUUCAAUUCCACUUUCAACCCCAUCAUAUAUGGCAUGUUUUAUCCUUGGUUUCGCAGGGCAUUAAGGAUGCUAGUCACAGGAAUGAUCUUUCGCCCUGAUUCUUCCACCUUAAGCCUGUUUUCUUCACACCCUUAG